CAUUUGUCCUCCUGCAGCGACUGGAAGUUUCUGUUGCUACUUCUCGGUGACUCAGCGAGUUGAUACUGUCUCUCUUAGAUUUCAGUGGUAUGGCCUGACCAGCACAUCAGUGAAAUUUGAUUCAAAUUGGUUGAAAAUGAGAUGUUUUCACCAAUCAACAAGAGAAGAGAAACAAAAUCAAUAUUUCUUGAGAGUUAUCUCUCCUGGAGCUGCGCAUCUUUGGAAGAAGAUUAGAUGGGUCUUACCUGUGAAUCCAAAAGAAUUUCACCAUCAAGGGUCACACGUGCACCUAGUUAGACAAGAUCAACACCAUUGGGGUUCAGAGCUCCAGAUCCCCACUGCCAACUUUGAGGAAGUAUUGACAAAUGAUGAGGUUGCCUAUGAAUGGCUGUGCAAUCUACGGAGAAUAGGAUUUGUGCAACUGAAGCAUGCUCCUACGGAAAAAGGACAAGUGGCUAAACUGGGAAAGAGGAUCGGCUACCUGAGACUGACCUUUUAUGGGCAUAUCUGGCAAGUGGAGGAUAAGGCUGAUGCUAACAACGUAGCAUAUACAUCUGGGGAAUUGAGUCUGCAUACUGAUUACCCAGCACUGCACCAUCCCCCUGGGGUUCAGUUCCUUCACUGCUUAAAACAGACAGAUGUCGGAGGUGAGACAAAGAUAGUAGAUGGAUUCCAUGUUGCCAAUCAACUUAGACGGCUGAACCCUGAGGCUUUCCAAAUCCUUACCUCAGUUUUGGUUGACUUUACAGACAUUGGAGUGGAUUACUGUGAUUUCUCUCUUCAGUCUAAGCACAAAAUUAUUGACUUGGACCAUAAUGGGAACGUUGUUCAGAUUAAUUUUAACAAUGCCACACGGGAUUCUGUCCUUGAUUUGCCUGCAGAGCAGGUGCACCCAUUCCUCUCUGCUCUCAAGGACUAUGUACUUCUUAUGUACAAGCCAGAAAACUUGGUCAUCUUCAAAAUGGAACCAGGAGAUGUUCUAACCUUUGAUAACUGGAGAAUACUGCAUGGCCGACAAAGUUACAUCUCUGAUGGUCAUUGUCGCCACCUGGAAGGAGCAUAUGCAGAUUGGGAUGAAGUCAUGUCACGGCUCUGUUGCCUGAAGCAAGCUCUGUAUGGCGACAGAUAAAUACUUCAGAUGAAGAUUUUUAUUAGGUCUGCCUAUUGAUCAAUAUAUAGAAUGUUGAUUUCGAGCAUUACUGAUAAUUUCCUACAGAUUUGAUGCUACAUACCUCAUGGUGAAAGUACUUCAUAGGUGGAGGUGACUUAGGACAUGAUGUAACUACAGUACAAUAUAAAUUAAAAUAUCUCCUCUAGCUUUGAAAAUACUGCAUGCAGAGUGACAAUACUUGAGAAAUGUAAAAAAAACAAAAAUUGUCAACAAUUCAGACUGAAGGCUCUGAGUGGAUUAAAAAUAGCAAAACAAAUCAUUUAUAGCAAAUAAGAAAUAUACAAUCCUUCUGAAAAACCAGCUCUAUUCCAAACCCAUUGUAGAAGUCAAAUUUAUAGUUUGAGAAAACUGGUUACUAAUUCAACUAAAUGAAAAAUCUGGUUAACUGGUAAUAAAUGGAUCUAUCCCUGAAAAUGGUCGCUGUGAAUCAAA